AUGCGAGGAUUAACUAUGAAGAACCUAGGACUCAGCAAGGAACUUGGACGUCGCACAGUUACUUCCACAAUGAACCGAGUAUCUGAACCAGAUAAAGCCAGAGCCGAGGACGGAAAUAAAGCCGAUACUGACAGUGCAACUAAAAGAAUAGGAUUAAUCGGAAUUCUUCUUAGUCUUAAAAUCCAUGCCUACUUUCCUGGUUUCGCAUUCUCUGUUCGGGCACCUCGUGUAUUCGUCACAGAUAAUAGUCUGAUCGAUUUCACAGAGACUGUGGCUGACACGUACCCAUCUACAGUCUCCCUGAUGAAUUUCCGACACAUUACAAUUUACAUGUAUUUAUUCUCAAGUGCCAAACCACGUCCACAACUGCACUUUUCCGAAUCUGCGAGGUGUGAUGAAUGGAAUACGAAUGCGCUGGUGCAAAGCCCACACGCAAAAACUGUGUGCGCAACAUAA